GCUUUAUCUCCUUUCUGCUCAACACUGUCAAAACCCCAAUUCUGCAGGGAAGAGGAUGAAUGCCAAUAUUGAACUGCCGGAGGACUUAUUAAUCGUUGAUAUAUUCGCUAAAUUGCCAGUGAAAUCUCUUAUCAGAUUCAUGUGCUUGUCCAAGUCGUGGUAUCAGGUCAUCUCCGAUCCUCAAUUCUUCCACCUUCACCUCCGUCACUCCAACCAGAUCAACAAACAAUUUCUCCUUCAGAUUAGUGAGAAGCCUCUAACCCUGCGAUCUUUGUCUUUCUGCCAUCACCAAUUGCUUCGGGAACCGGUGGUAUUAGGGCCACAGGUUCUGUUGCCGUCUCGUUCACGGUGGGAAAUGGUCGGUUCCUGCAAUGGGGUUCUGUGUUUGGCAACUUCUCCUCAAUCCAUUCGCUAUUUAGGUAUUCUAAACCCUUCAAUUAAAAAGUUAAAGCUUGUUCUUUUUCCCAAUUUGGAGGAUUCCUUCUAUCCCCCCACCCGUGGUUAUAGGUUGGUAGAUCAAACAAGCUUCUCAACUGAAAUUGGGUUUGGUUUCGAUUCCCGCACAAGUGAUUUUAAGAUGGUGAUAAUUUUUCGAGAAAUUCAUUCAAAAAGAUGGAGACAAGUUCAAGUUUACUCACUAAGAAAAAAUUCAUGGAAGGUUCUUAGUAAUGUUCCCAAUUUUUUAUACGACUUAUAUGAGCCUCAAGUAGUUGUUAAUGGAGCUUUUUAUUGGUUUGUAAACUCUGCAAUCAGUGAUUGUUACUCGAUCUUGAAGUUUGAUUUCACUGAUGAAACAUUUAAAGAGAUUAAGAUGCCAGAUUGUUUCUAUGAAGAUCAAGCUUAUUUUUACCAAGUUAACGGCUUGGGGGAAGUCAAGGGGAAACUAUCCUUGUUGCUUCAUUCUGCUGCGGGUAUUUCAUUGGAGAUGUGGAUGAUGGAGGAUUCUGGUUGGGUUAGACAAUUUGUUGUCAAUGUGAGGCAGCUUCAUGCACCUAGAUGCUUGGCGAUGAAUGAUGAAGUUAUGCUACUGUUAACACGUUCUAAUGUUGGCCGUAUUCUCUCUUGUGACCUCAAGACCUUGAAGUUGACUGACCAUGGUGAGGAGCAGAGACCCUGUGCUUUUGCCUAUACACCGAGCCUGGCCUUAGUUGGGGAAGAAAACUAGUGGUUUGAGGACCUCUCAAUGAUUGCCGGUUGAAUCACUUGUCCAAUUCACGUGCCUGUCCAGGUUGUGGUCUCAGGUUAUUGUUAGUUCUCAAUUCUUCCUCGACCACCUUCACCAUGUCAAUCAAACAAAUAAAAAGUUUCUCCUACAGAUUAAAUGCUAAAGAUCUCUGCAGCUUUGAUUAAUCUCAGAUGUAGAGAUAUUGAACUCCUCCCUGCACGGUUGGUGGUUGUUUAAAAUUGUUGCUAGCUGCCAUGGCCUGCUACUAUUUUUGUAUGA